GAUUUAAGUUUAGACACAAUAAACACAAUAUUCUAUAUUUUAAGGAUUUAAAUAAGUAAAGCAGGGAGUGUAGUCUCAAACACAAAACAUAAAAUAGAUCUCCAAUCUUCAAGUAAAAUAUGAAACAGGAAAGACGUGCGACAUUGGAUAUUGUAAGCCAAUUUCGUUACUAGACUCCAGUGCAUCAGCGCUACAAAACGGGACUCCUUAAUUUACAUUUGUAUUUAUUAUGAUUUAUUAUAUAUAUAUUAUCUUAUCUAUGAUUAUGAUUAAGUAGUUAAUUUUCAAACACAUGUUCCAUUACAUGAACUCAAAUUUUAUUUAAAUUGCGGUAUUAGAAAACACGUUCAGGAUUAAUAGCUGCAUUACGAAUAUUGUUAGAUAUGUAUCAAGAAGAAACUCUACAAAGUUGCCAAUUCGAUCAAAUAUUGCGACUUUAGCCUUUGGUAAAUAUUUACUAUUAACAAAUACUGUCAGUUCUGGUGUUCUUAUGAUAAUGGGAGAUUUAUAUCAGCAGGAAAUCGAGUACCGUCAGAAGAAACUACCUCAAAGAUAUGACUAUGGACGUUUAACUCGAAUGUUUACAAUAGGUUUAGGUUUCGGGCCCCUAAAUCACUAUUUCUUUGUAUGGCUGGGUAAAGCUAUGCCGGCCAGAAAUUUGGCAACUUUAACAAAAAAAAUUCUCAUAGAUCAAUUUGUUAUGAGUCCUAUUUGCAUAGCUGCUUUCUUCUAUAGUAUGGGUGCCUUGGAGUCGAAACCAAUUAAGGAAUGUAAUAAAGAACUUAAAAAUAAAUUUGUCACAGUUUAUGUGUUGGAUUGGUUAGUAUGGACCCCAACACAGCUUAUCAAUUUCUGCUAUGUUCCACUAAAGUACCAAGCUUUUUAUACAAAUUUUAUAUCGAUGUUAUAUAAUGUGUUCCUAUCGUACAUUAAACAUAGGGAAACGGCAGAAGAAAAUGCAUAUAAAUUAAAGUUAGACAAAGGACAAAGUUAAUAUUUUUAUUUAUGAAUUGUAUGUUUAUAAAAUUAAAUUAAUAUUUACCAAUUUA